AUGACAAGACUCUGGGGGUCCUGCCUGCUCCUGCUCACCCUUCUGGUGACCCUCGCGGCCAGCACAGACCCAGACAAGAGUAAGAUCAAGGUAUUAAGAGAAUUAAAAGUUAUUGAUGCCUCGAAUGCCAACGUGAAGCAGUGUCUGUGGUUUGCCAUGCAAGAGUACAACAAAGAGAAUGAGGAUAAAUACAUUUUCCAGGUGGUCAAGAUAUUGAGAGUCCAGCUUCAGGUCACAGACCGUUUGGAAUACUUUAUUGAUGUUGAAAUUGCCCGCAGCAAUUGCAGAAAGCUUUCAAACAAUAAUGAAAACUGUAUUAUUCAAGAAAACUCCAAACUGGAAAAGAAAGUAACAUGCAGAUUUUUGGUUGGAGCACUCCCCUGGAAUGGCGAUUUCACUGUGAUGAAAAUUCAGUGUGCAGAUACCUAG